ACGCGUCCAGCUGCGUCACGCGGUUACAAGGAGCUGUGCAGCUCGGGCUGAAAAACGCACCGAGGGACACACAUGCGGUCACCACCGCACAUACAGAUCUGUGUUUCAUUUGCUUUCAUUGCUUCUCCAGGAGUUUGAUUUAAAGCCGCAGACCGGCGGAGCUCUCAGUGCCAGACAGGACGGAGAGCCGAAGUUCUCUGCUGAAGCGCAGCAACAUUUCUGGUGAAAGUUGGAUUAUAGCGCAGAGAGGGAAGAGGCUGGUUAGAGGAUGAGCAUUUUGGAUGUCAGCGGAGCUCAGCGCUGUCAACGCUUCGCUAGAGUCCGUCGGGAGCUGGAGGUGAUCGAUGCCUAGGCUGUGUGGUGAGUGUAGAUAAGCCCCUUAUGAGGUGAAAAGCCCUCCCCAUCCUGCAGUAUCCCCUCCCAGCACCACCAGCAGGAAUAAGGGAUGUCAGGUCUGUUCCUCUUUCUGGCAGUCCUCAUUGUCUCCUGCAGCAUCCAGAUGUCUCCUGCUGUUACCUUGGAUAAGCUGAAGGAUGACUGGAACCAGUAUAAGACAGAAUGUGAACAUAACAACAGUCAAUAUCCCUCCAGCAGUGGUCUUGUGUGCAACAGGACAUUUGACAACUAUACCUGUUGGCCUGAUGGAUUCCCCAACACCAUCGUCAGUGUGGCGUGUCCGUGGUAUUUGCCGUGGUACAAUAAAGUUCAACACGGGAUGGUUUAUCGUGAGUGUGAUGCCAAUGGCCAGUGGGUAACUAAGAAAAAUACCAGCGAAUGUGAUAUUCAUGAAACAAACCGGCCUUACUAUGGAUAUAUCCGGAUCAUGUACACAGUGGGCUAUUCCAUGUCUUUGGUGGCGUUGGUACUGGCUCUUGGUAUCCUUAUAUUUUUCAGAAAACUGCACUGCAUGAGGAACAACAUUCACAUGAAUUUAUUUGCUUCCUUCAUCCUACGAGCCCUAUCUGUCCUUAUCAAAGACGCUCUGCUGGAGGCUAACCUAACCUUGGAUAAGAUCAGUGGAGAAGAGGAGCAGGGCUUUGUCAGUGAAUCUGUACCCCCAGUGGAGUUGCUGAUGACAGUUAGCUGUCGCACGGCCUUGGUGAUGAUGCAGUACAGCAUCAUGGCUAACAGCUACUGGCUGGUGGUGGAAGGCAUCUACCUCCAUAACCUUCUGGUCAUUAGCGUCUUCACAGAAAGGAACUAUUUCAAAGUGUACCUGUGCAUUGGUUGGGGUACGCCAUUAUUAUUCCUCAUCCCAUGGGGAAUCUCAAAAUAUUUAUAUGAAAAUAAUGAAUGCUGGGAGCAGAAUACGGACAUGAGUAUCUGGUGGAUAAUCCGAGCCCCAAAUCUGCUUUCCGUCAUGAUAAACUUCAUUAUCUUUAUACAUAUCAUCAAAAUCCUGGUUUCAAAGCUUCAAGCUCACCAAAUGAGAUACACCGACUAUAAAGUCAGGUUGGCAAAGUCAACUCUAACAUUGAUCCCACUUCUGGGAAUCCAUCAGAUGUUCUUUAUCUUCCUGCCUGAUGAGACCACCAACGACACGCCACAUUUACAUAUCACUAAGCUCUUCAUGGACCUCUUCUUCUCCUCCUUCCAGGGUCUCCUUGUUGCUAUUUUGUACUGUUUUGUCAACAAAGAAGUGCAGUCUGAGAUCCUAAAGAAGUGGAAGCGCUGGAAACUAGGGAGGAACAUUGAGGAGGAAUAUCGCCACACCUACAGCAAUACCAACAAUACAAAGACGGGCAGUCUGCUGAACCACAUCCCUCGGCUUCCCCAACUCCCGGACAUCGCCAAAUCUUCUGGCCCGGUCUGCAGCACUGAAGAGCAAACAUGGCUUGUGGCUCGCUGCCACAAUGGUACGGUCCAUGGCAAGGAGAUGGACAACUGUAGCUCCCAACAGAACGAAGGAACCAGCAACUCCACCCUUGUGGAGGAUAUCAGCCUGUCGGAUAAGAUACACAAAAGAUCGGAAAGGGAAAGUAGAGAGCCUCCUUUGAAAGAAACAGGAGAGUGCGUUUUGGAAAGGAAGAUAGACGCCUUUGAGCUCUGAUGGAGCUCUGACUGAAAGCUCUAGUUGGCUGUGAAGUUAUGCCGACUGAUUCACUUGUGGAAGCAGUCGUCAGUCAUCAGUGUCACCAGGAGACAGAGCAGCUCUAAGCCCUGAAAUAUGACAGCAGUAUGGCAUACGUCCAAAUCCGAAUGCUCUGUGUGCUGUGGGUCUUGUGAAUGGAUUAUUAUUGAUGUUUGUCAUUUUAAUAUAUGAAGCUGCUGCCUGUUGAACAGAUGUACCAACAGCAGCAAGAAAAUAACAAGUAACUUUAAAUGAAAACACACAGAGUUGGUGUGAGCCUCUGCUUCGGUGUUAUCUGUUUGGCUAAUGUGUGUUUCGUGGUACUACAAACUGAACAUUGGACUGUGCACACAAAAAACAAGACCAAAUGACAGAAGAAGUAGAGCAAAUGGGAAUGCUUGUGUACUCUAUAUGCUCUACUCUGGUAUGUACAUAAUGCCAUCUUCAUACUGAUAUUAAUGAAACAUUACACAUGGAGCGAGUGAGAGAAACAAAAUUCUGGUGACUGAAGUUAGCCACAAAAUUGUUUUCAAUAGUAUAUAUAUAUAUAUAUAUAUAUAUAUAUAUACACACACAAAGGAAAUCAAAGUAUAUACAACCUGUUUGAUUUUGUUGUGCCUGUGACACUGAAGGACAAGUUGUAUAAGAUGGAUGGAUGGAUGGAUGGAUGGAUGGAUGGAUGGAUGGAUGGAUGGAUGGAUGGAUGGAUGGAUGGAUGGAUGGACUUUCUUGCGUUGCUUUUGCUAAGUGUAACGGUUUUAUAUCGGUCACAGUUGUAAAAAGUAAUUAGCCCGCAAUUUCAUGUUACAUUGCGAACAAACGUUAAUGUAUUUUGCUGGAAUUUAUGAAAGCAGAUCAUAAAAACAGUAUCACAUUAUUGAGAAGUAACACAGAAGAAUAGUCUUUUUCUUCUCCUAUUCACAAAUAUAAAUAUCAAGAGUGAGAUCAGAUGCAUGACUUCAACACAAUAUUUUGGCUAGUUUUUUCUUCAUCCGUACUCCAAUAUUUUGUAAAAGGGUAUAAGAGUAAAAAUGAAUUUAAAUGCUUAAAAGUAUUUUAUUUUUUAUAUUGCAGCAUCAAAAAUAGGUAUGCCUAAUUAAGUAUAAGUAACAAGUAUGCCUAUAUAUAUAUAUAUAUAUAUAUGGACAAUAAAUGUAGGUCAGACUGUAAGCACCAUCUUUUUAUAGACUGUGUUUACCCGACAUCCAUUCUGAACAACAGUAGCCUAAAAGUGAAACAAAGUUUCUUUAAUUAGCUUUCAGAUGAUAAUGUUAGCAGUACAAUUGCUUGUAAAAUGAAGGAUUUGCCACCUGCGGAGUGUUAAUUAAACUUUCAGUUACUAAAAAAAAUAUGCCAGAGCUUGUAUGACUUGACUAUUUGCACAGUGUUAAUUUAUAAUUGCUAAAUGUUAUAUACAUUUAUUUAGGUGCUUAUUCAGAUGAUUUAGUAUUCUUGUAAACAAGUGUUUAUACAGGGUAUACACUUUUGACUUUAUUAUUCCAGAUUUGUGGAUGUAUUAUUAAACAGGAUUACGCUCUGAAGCCAAAAGGCUAUUUGGUUGAUGAAAAACAGAGGGGCUCAGAGGUUAAAGGCUGCUAUAAUUAAGCCCCAGUCUGGCAUUUAGACUCAAAGUACAGGACAUUCCCAGAUCUCAUGCCAAUAUACUGCAUAAAGUGAAGUUUUUGUUUAAAAGUCCUCAUGGACCUCACAGCAAAUUCGAGCACUGCAGCAACAUUUUCGUUGUGUCAGAUAAUUGUUCUGCUCCCAGUCAGUUUCUGCUGUUGAGUGGGUAGAAACAAAAUUGCAGGCAAAAGCUAUUUUCCAUCAGCAUCUGCUGAGGGUUGCCACAGAGCAAGUAGACACCCAAUAAUUGAGCUGGAAGGCCAGUGCUAACAGCGUUGCUGCAGAAGUGGAGGGGAAUGCUUGCAUACGCAAAAGGAAUGAGUAAUGACUGGUUUUGGUAAAACAGGAGCCUAUCACUAAUUUCAGUGGAAGGUAAAAUGUGUAUUUUAAUUAAAUCUGACUUAGAGCAUAGGUUUGGGUCAUUAACCCCCUUCGUGGACCAAAGUGGUUCUGUCUGAAUGUAUUCUUGGAAAGGCUCAAAUCAAUAUGUUUCUUUACACUUCUCUGUUAUGUAAAGCAUGGAAGGGGCAGUGGAGGCUGACUGCAUUCAUGCGUAAACAAUCCUUCAUAUUGUAUUAUAUUCAUGCCAAUGGUGAAAGAAUAAAAUUAAAUGUAUGUGAAACAUUUACCUCACAAUGUAUUUUGUAUUGGUGGACAUUUAAGACAUUAAAGAAAUGGUAAA